AUGUAAAAACAUUUAUUAAUGAAUACUAGUCCACACAUUGAGAUGAAGCACAUAACAUAAACAACAAAUAAAGGAGUUUAUGUACUGUAUUAUGAAUAAAUAAUUGAAUCAACAGAUCCAAUUGUAAAAGCUCUCCAAUUUUAUUUUAAAUCAAGAGAAUUGGUUAAAGACAUCAAUUCUGUCAAAUAAGUCAUAAUCUAUUCUUUAAAUGAAGAUGAUCCUUUUACUUAUAUAAUACUAUAAUUAGCAACUACAGCUAGAGAAGAUGGAGCAAUUCUAGCAAGGAAAGCCUGUAAUAAAAUAGUUACAUAAAAAAGUGAAGAUAAUUCGAUGAGUAAAUUAUUACCUCAUAAUUAUACAAUUCAUGAUAUAGCAGAAUUUAACUUUGGAUUCUAAUUAGCUAAUUAUAGAUGGACAUAUUAAUCUAUUAAAGAAGGAGGUAAACCAUCAUAAAUUCCUAUACAUUAUUUAUAUUUGAUUACUUAAAUAAAAUAAGAAGAUUAUCUUACCGAAAUAGAAUAAAAAUGGAAUCUAAAAUAAUAAGAGAAUAGAAUUAAUUAUUAGUUUACACCAUUUAGGGAAACCUAUAUUAAGAUUACGAGAAUUAGUUCCAAUGAGACCAAACAUAGCCAUAACAGGAUUUAUGAAGAAUUCCAUUUAAGAUAUGUAAAAGGAUUUGGUGACAAAGGGAUUUCUACUAUUAUAGAAGGUGAUGAACUCUUAACAGCUGGUUGAAGACUU